AUGGCGUCGACUCCGUUCCGGUCUGGAGCGGGCGAUCCGCUGAUUGCGAGAUCGUCGUCAAUCCCCCGGGACGAGCCUCAGGAAGUGCCCGAUUCCUUCGUUGCUGCCUCGGGGGACUUCUUCAGCCCCGACGAUCUCCAGCAGUACAUCAGCACUCUCGGCACCGAACCUUUUAAGAAUUUCUGGGAGAACCCAUCAGCGAUUGUCCCGACCGGGCCCUUUGAGGAUUCCACCAGCGGCUCGCUUUUCGACGAAGACUUCGACUCUGGCGCCGCGUCGCCCAAGGCGCCCGCUGCGGCAGCUGACACCGCCUCCCUGAACGCGAAUGGCCACCUUGAUCUCAUGGCCGCCUUUCGGACCGCUGAGGCUUCGGCUUCUCCAUUUACUCUUGCCGGCCAGUCGUCGACUUUCCUCGGGGCCCCCGACGGGAGCGAUAUGUUCGCGUUUGGCAGUGGUGACGAGACCGUGACGAACCAGCCCUUCGUCUUCUCACUUCCCGAUCCGUCUGCCAUUUCUCUCGCCUUUCAGAACUACGGGCAGGCAAAUAUGGGAGUGGCCCGACCGGAAGAAUUGGUCCAGCAGGUCAUUUCGCCGCCGGACAUGACAAGCCCGAGAGGCCAAAAACGAGCAGCGGCGUCAGAAUCGUCGGUAUCAGUCAAUCAGACUGCAGAGCCAUCGCCAGCUACCACCCCUUCAUUCGAAUCGCCUCAGUGGGGACAGGUUGAACAACCGCAACAAGGCCUUUCUCAGAAUACGGCGUUCAUAUCACAAAUGGCCACGCUCGGUCUUCCCCCUUUUACCUACCGUGGCGAAUAUGGUGUGAAUAUUCAGCAAUCUGCCCUCAAGUCUCGCGUCGAGACCCAGAUGAUGGUAACCAUAACCAUGUCUCACCUGCCCUUUGGCGUCACAAAGUUGCAUCUGCCCCCCCAUACCAUCUCCAAGCCUAAGCACAGGCUGAGGCCUCCUCCAACCCCGUCUCCCGAUACACUGGAGCUCUUUGUCAGCUUGGUUUGCACAACCCCCAUGGAGAACCCGGAGCUGAGGAGGAAAGCCUUGCAGAAAGCUGCCGAGGUUGAUCAUCGAUAUCUCCCCAGCCCUCAAGAAGUCGAGCACGAAACUCAAAAUGGCUGCCAAGUCCGCAUUUGCCCGAAAUGCAUGGAAAGAGAGCGCAAGCGAGCCAACCGGAAGAAGGAGCAUGAAAGGUCCGAUCAAGAGGAGCUUUGGUACAUGGACGAGUCGCACCGCAUCAUCAUCUUCAACACCUUCGAGAUGAGCGACUGGCGACCACCGACCGCGCAGAAGGAAAAGGGCUCGGACAAGCCGCCGCAAGCUGAACUCUUUCGACAGUGCCCCACGGCCAGGCAAGUCGUGGUACCCAUGCGGCUCGCGUGCUACUGCCGCCACCAGAAGGAGAAGACGGGCUUCAGGGUCAUCUUCACCUUCAAGGACUGGAAGAAUAACGUCGUUGCACAGGCCAUGUCCGGCUCGAUCAUGAUUACAGAUGACCACAAGACGACUUCGCCUUCGGCCGCCGAUGACGCCCCCGAGCUCGAGCCUCAAGGCCCGGCCAAGAGGAGAAAAGCGAGCGCAGCAAGCUCAUCGGGUUCAUCGAGCGCACCCAACACAAUGAGCGGGUCGCCGUCAUCGUCAGCGGAACCUCAGGUCUUGACCACUAACCACCAGGCCCCUCAAACAAGCCUGCCCUUCCAGAGCGGUCCGGCGCAGCUCACUCCCACGGUCAGCCCAGUCUUCUCGCCCAACAUGAAUGGCUUCCAACAACCGCAGGGCCAUAUGGGGGCCAUGACCCCCCAUGUGCCGGUGGCGAGCGGACCUCCUCCCGCCCUUAAUGGCGUUGCCCAUGGAAUCCAGAACUGGUUCACACCCACACCUCGCCGCCCCGAGAGCAGAGAAGACUCGGCCAUGCUAUAUUCCACGCCGGUAUCUCCCCACUCUGGUGGCUCUGUGAGCCCAACCAGAGGUGGUCUGCAGAAUGGAGGCAGCCUGGUGCCGCAUAACCAAAUGGCGCAAGCCAACAACUUUGCAAUGGGUCUCGCUGCUACUCCCCCGUCUCCCCCCGAGGCGAAGUCGUCGCCACCCAUCAUCCACAAAGUCGUUCCGCCCCAGGGCGAUCUCAGCGGCGGAACGGAAGUCACGGUGCUUGGUGCCAACUUUUUCCAGGGUCUUGAGGUAUGGUUCGGCGACAACAAGGCCACGACAACCACGUUCUGGAGUGAGGCAUCACUGGUGUGUCUGGUUCCGCCAUCUACGGUUGGCGGACCGGUGCCUCUGACUCUGAGGCUGCUGCCAGGAGCUCAGCCACCGCGAGGCAUGCAGGCACCUUCCCACAUGGGCAGGCAGCAGACGACCUAUACAUACAAGUUCAACGGCGAGAACGAAAGUCCGGCACGCUCUCCUUACUCGUUCCUCAACGUGAAUCUGGCGAGCUUGCCCAUUUUCAAUGCCUAUAUCCCGCAACCUGCACCGCUUAUGCGAAAGGUACAGGAGAUGAUGUCGGCCUCGCCCGGUAAGGCUGCAGACAACUCGAGCGACAAUGACAGCAAGGCGGACUCGCGCUGGUGGGAUCUCUCAUCGUACAUGAAUAGCGCGGUAGCUCCUCCUGCUUACAACGACAUCUAUCCGGCAAAGGAUGCGCAGGUAGAGGACCUGGAUGCCAAGUCCGUUCUUUCGGUAGCCCGCGCGGCUGCUGAGGUGGAGGCGGACAUGAAGAAGCGUCGCGUCCGAGACGACGAGCAGGAGUCGUCAUUUGCUCAAGGCGUGGUCGUUUACGAGGAGCACGAGACGGUCACUGCGGCCAAGGCCGGCGAAAGCAGCAGCAGCGCCGUCAUUCAGCCGCCCGCCAUCCUCGAGAUUGGGCGCAAGCAUGCCAUCACCAAGGAGCAGCAAGAGAACUUUUUGCGGGCUCGGGAACAGAAGCUGAAGAAGCUUAGUAACGACCGAAAUCUCUUCUUCAUUUGGAUCCCUCUUCUCUUGGUGAUGGUUUGCGCACUGCUCUACAGCUAUUUCCCGUCACUCUUCCCAUUUAUCUUUGCCUCUAUUCGAGCUCUGAUCCACGUCUUGCUCCGCAUGCUCGACUAA